GACAAAUCUUUGGAAGCGGUGGUAGGUAAACACGUGAUAAUACGAUAGCAAUAAUAAUAGGAUUAUUGAAAUCAAAAUUGUUCGAAUUUCGGUGACUUUCGUUUUAAGACGCACGACUCCUAAUUUUCCGCGUAAGCUGGAUGUUCAGACACCUUGGCCUGCUGACCGAGCUGACAGUCUCCUGCGUGCAUCGUGCCCUGGUGCCUCCACUCGUCACCCUUGGAGUCAGCCAUCGGUGUCCAGUGUUUCGGCUGAUGGCGUCUGAGGUCACCCAGGUGGCGGGGCCUGCCGUCCUCACAGCUGUGGAGGUUGGGGAGAGUGCCGGCGGGAGUCAGAGUGAAGUGCAGCAGUCUGGGGCAGCUGUGUGUGAGCAGAGAGGUGCGGAGACAGGUGGUGUUACAUUGCCGCCCGCUGGCUCUGCCUCAAGUGCCGGUGCGCGGGACGGUGGGACCAGCAGUGUUCUGGUCAAACACGGGAUGCAGCAGGAGGUCGGCAACUGCGAGACGCCUGCAGAACCGGCCGACUCCGAGACGCCUGCGGGACCGGCCGGCGCGGGUACUGCCAGUGAACAACCCACUGAGGAGACAGUCUCAACGACUCCAAAGUCCACGGACCAGGAGCUGGUUAACGGCCUGGUCCUGGACAAACGGAAACGGGAUGACGACGAUGAGUCGCCCGAGCUGAAAAAGGUGAAGCUAGACCCCCGGCUUGCUUGUCUACUGCAGGCCAAACUCGAGACGAAGGCCCUGAAAGCCAAACGUCCCGGGUUCACCGAUGAACGCUACACGGAGACGUCGUACUGGUUUGAGAACGGUCUGCGGAAGGUCUACCCGUACUACUUCACCUUCACCACGUUCACCAAGGGCCGCUGGGUGGGGGAGAAGAUUCUGGACGUGUUUGCACGCGAGUUCCGCGCCCACCCGGCCGAGGAAUACGAGCGCUGUAUCCGCGCCGGCACGCUGACCGUCAACUAUCAGAAGGUGGACGUGGAUCACCGGCUGCGGCACAACGACCUGCUGGCCAACGUGGUGCACCGACACGAGGUGCCGAUCACGGCCGAUCCCGUGCCUCUCGUUCACAUGGACGACGAUAUCGUUGUUGUCGACAAGCCCUCCUCCAUACCGGUUCAUCCGUGCGGCCGGUACCGCCAUAACACGGUGGUGUUCAUUCUGGCCAAGGAGCAUGGCCUGAAGAACCUGCGGACCAUCCACCGCCUGGACCGGCUGACUAGUGGUCUGCUGAUGUUCGGGCGCACCCCGGCAAAGGCGCGCGACAUGGAGCAGCAGAUCCGGACGCGCCAGGUCACCAAGGAGUACGUGUGCCGCGUGGAGGGCGAGUUCCCCAGUGAGCCGAUCUCGUGUAAGGAGCCGAUCGAGGUGGUCAGCUACAAGAUCGGCGUCUGCAAGGUCUCGCCCAAGGGCAAGGAGUGUCUGACAGAGUUCACACGGCUGAACUACAACGGCCGCAGCUCGGUGGUCGUGUGUCGGCCGCAGACGGGCCGCAUGCACCAGAUCCGCGUCCACCUGCAGUACCUAGGUUUUCCGAUCAUCAACGACCCCCUGUACAACCACACCGUGUUCGGGCCGGGCAAGGGCAAGGGCGGCACCAUCGAGAAGUCGGACGAACAGCUGAUCCAGGACCUGAUCGCCAUCCACAACGCCGAAAACUGGCUCGGCAUGGACGGAGACGUCGAGCUCAGCAUGUUCAAACCCAAGGAGGCCGGUGAGAUGGUUCCACCAGUGCCCGCCAGGUGUCGGGACGGCUCGCCCGCCACGGCCAGUCCCGGCCCGUCCGAGGCAGCCGGUCAGCCCGCCGCGCCGGCGUCGGCCGUCCCUCAGACCCAGCGCCAGAAGGGCAGCAGCGAAGCCGGCGUCCCCACUGCUGCGGCGGCGGAGCCUGGCGUCCGGGACGGGGGCGGCGGCGGCACGUUCCGCCCAGAACUGAUGGUGGCCGACCCGCACUGCUACGAGUGCAAGGUCCGCUACCGCGACCCCAAGCCCAGUGACCUGGUCAUGUACCUGCACGCGCUCAAGUAUGCGGGUCCCGGCUGGCAGUACGAGACCAAGAUGCCCGACUGGGCAGCAGAGGACUGGCGCGACCCGGACGGCAAGGCUUGAGGGGCGCCAACGUCCGGACGGCAAGGCCUGAGGGCGUCCCGGUCCGGACAGCUGAGCCUGAGGGGCUUCCCGGUCCGGAUGGGAGUGCCUGAGGGGCGUCCUGGUACUGGCGGUCCGGCCGGAGGGCGUCCCGGGCCUGAAGGGCGUCCCGUUCCGGACAGCGGAGCCUGAGGGGCGUCCGCCCCGCCGUCGGCCUCCCUGUCGUCAUAUCACCGGGCGCUGUCGGUCCGGCGGUGACCGGGCUGCCCUCUGGAAUUCUUCCGAGCGCCGAGAGUUCGGCAGUGCGGCGGCUGAGGCCGGCGGCAAACAGUCUUUCCAUCGGUCGGGCACCGCCUGACCCAGACUGUAGUGUAGAGACGGGCGGGUCCGCGGGCCGCACGGCCGGCGCUGCGCCCACUUCCGUGCUGGAGGCCCGCUGCUUGGCCUGCUGUGCAGACUCGAAUCAAAAGACAAGUGUCUGGGCGGGCCCGGGCCGCGCCGCGCGCCGCCCAUGUCGGCGACUGGCGGGGGACUCUGUGUCAGUGGCUGGACAGCCGGCCGGUAAACGGGGGUGUUUGUAGCUAGUGGUACUAUGUGCGGCCCAGUGCCUCAAUGUCUUCGCCUCGGCGCCGAACGAUGGAGCUGAUGUUAUAAGUCAUAUCCCGCGGGCGGAUAUCAUGUGGCAGCCUGCCUGUGGACAUAUGGCAGCCGUGAAUAUAGUGCCGCGUUCGGUGCAAAGUGUCACUCGCUAGUGUCACGAGUUUUCAGUGUAACUCGGCAAAACUGGCGCAGCCCAGGCGCGCUACAAGGAUGGACUGUCUUUGUAAACUUUCACACCUCUUCCGAUGAUGUGCUAGUAGAUGGUUUCGUUUCUGGAUUUCUAUGUCUCGACUGACGCGCUGCUGUGACGGCGGGCAGCCUCUUCCGUCGGCGCGCCGCGCUGCUGACCGGCGUGACUCGCGCGCUCUGUCCGCGGCCGUGACGUCACGCUGACGUCACGGCCGCCGUGCCUUGUGAGUUGGCUGCGCGGCCGUGCGCCCCUGCGGACGCGGCCGCUCGCCUGUGCCUUGGUCUUACCUCAGUCUCCCGGCGCUGCGGCGCGCUCUGCUGGCGCCGCGGCCGCCGGGCGCGGAGCCGCGGCCGCCCCCUACCGGCCGAAUGUCAGCGCGCGAGGGCUGGUUGUUUGUUGGUAUGUCUGCUUUGAGUUUGUUGACUACGAAUGUGUCUGGCUGAGCCGAUUGUCGAGCUGUAAGAACUGAGACAUGACCGGAUGCUUUCCGUCCGCUUUUUAGACUCAAAUUGUGUCCGGAAAACCACGCACACCCUUUCAAUACGCUGCAAACACCGCCAAGCGUACAACUGAGUGUGAGGUGGCGUGUGAAUGCGGUAAAAUUGCAAGUUGGACGGAUGUGUCCUGUGACACCGAACAAUCACCGAUGGAUUCGCUGCUUGCCCCGUGCUGCCAUGAACUGACGCACUGGUGUGAGGACAUGGUUGUCUCAGUGAGAGCGGCGGUGCGUGUGUGCUGGCGACAGGCGAUAUGUCAGCGUGAGCGAGUGCCGGAGGGCGGUGGGAGUGUCGCUCUGCUACUCAGUCUCCUGAUCAGCCGAGACUGGCCGCAAUAUGUUGACGUUUGAACAAUAAAAUUACCUUCAGA